UAUUUCGUGACGAAAUAACAAAGAUUACUUGGAUUUAAGCUAAUUAUAUACAUUAACAUUUUGAAUGUUGAAAGUGGCACCAAAGAAUUGUGAGGCAAAGUUGUUCGAACUAGAGAAAGACAUUUGCUGGUGAAGUGACUGGGUGGGGCAAACAUCAAGAUCAACUUGUUCGACGGUAGACAGUGGUUGUCUAGGCUGCAUUUCGGCCAUAGUUUCGGUGCGUGAAGGCGAACAAGAGGAAUCUGUUGGAUUGUUACAUUUACUGGACUGAGCAAGAAUGAACACUUUUGCUGCUGUUCAACAGAUAUGUUGGAAUAAUUGGUUAUGGACUGGACAUUUUUGUGCCCUGUUAUGGCCAUGGUUUCAGUGGGUGGAAUGUUUGCAUUUCGAAGUUUUUGGACCAGGAAUUUACCUCAUAUAAAUUCUAUGAAUUUGCUUGUUUCAGAUUGUGUUUGAUCAUAAUGACAUGAUAAUGGACGUUGUCGCCAGAUGGCCAGGAAGUACCCACGAUAGCAGGAUCCUUAGAGGAAGUGGGCUGUGGCAAGUUUUCGAUAGAAACCUGCUUCCACAGAAUGACCACUUCCUUCUGAGCGAUAGUGGGUAUCCCUGCAAAUGCUGGCUGUUGACGCCUUAUGUGAGACCAGCUAAUAACGCUCAGGAAGCGUAUAACAGGGCACACAAGUUGACAAGGAGCAAGGUUGAACGGGGCAUAGGACAGCUGAAACGCAGAUGGGGAAUUCUGCAUGGAGAAGUUAGACUUGCUCCAGAAAAAACGUGCAAGGUGAUCAUUGCAUGUGCAGUUUUGCACAACAUCUGCAAGCUGCAUGGUGUUCCAGAUGUUGAUGAUCUGCCGGAAGAUCCUGUGCGCAAUGACGGGAUUCAUGUUGGUCCAGAAGAUGGACUUCGCUUCCGUGAUAUUAUAUGCGAACAGUAUUUUAGAUUGUAAAUUACGGGGGAUAUAGACAAAACAAUUCUUAAAAAUGUGUGUUCAUUUACAUCUAAUAAAGACAAAACAAGUCUUAAAAAUGUGUGUUCAUUUACAUCUGAUAAAGACAAAACAAGUCUUAAAAAUGUGUGUUCAUUUACAUCUGAUAAAAACAAAACAAGUCUUAAAAAUGUGUGUUCAUUUAC